UUAAGCAGAUUCGAAGGGGCAAGAGAAAAAAGUGGAACGAAAAAUGCAUUUAUUCGGGUGAAAAGUUUUCAAAUUGUGCUCCAAAAUACAUCCUUCGGGUAGACGAAACGAUGAGAAGUGUUUUGUGAUGUGGUUUUCCGAAAAUUUCUCAAAGGUUGUGAUGAAAAUCGGUGGGAAUAGGGUCAAAUUUUUGAAGAACUUGGAUUGAUCGACAACCCAACCCACACAGUGGCUGUUGAUCGGUCAGGGUGGCACCAAUACCAGCACAUUGUACUAAUGCUGUGAUCUUGCUGGGACCCGAGACGGUGCAGCAGCGUGUGAGUGGAUGAGCCACCGUUUGUUUAUGUGAAAUUGUUGGAAUUCCAAUGCCCGAACCAUCAAUGCUAGCCAGCUAGCCCAUGCUGGGCUGGGUGACUGAGUUGAUCCCGGUGUGUUGUUAUUUUGCCCAGCUCGAACCGAAGUGUUGGUGAUUUUGCCUUUGGCAGCAGAACGGCAGGGAAAGGAAACGAAGGAAAUAUUUGUAUCCGCAGAAAGAAAAUCCACAUUUCUCCACAUCUGCCGUGAUCGAGACCCCUGUUGCCGAGUAACUAUGUGACCGAUUUAAUUAUUUAUCAUGAAAUGAAUUACACCAGAUAUUUAAACAUUUCGUGAGAAAAGGAUAGGAAAAUUUCCGCAGAAAGGAAUUUCAGUUAAGAGACUAUAGUUGAUAUGUGUUAUAAAUACUGUUUCCAGAAACUGGACCCAAUUAAAUAUCGAAACGUGUGAAACAGUGCAAUAAAUUAUAUUCUGGUGCUGUCGUGUAUCAAACAGCAGUGAAGAAACAACAAACUAACAAACUGUAGGAAAUACAAAAGUUGCAUGUUAAUGAAGUAUGACAACAAUUACAAGUGGUGGGUUCAUCGACCAGAGUUAGCACGGAUUUGCAUGGAUUAUCUUCAGUUUGCUAUUAGCAUCAGAACCAACUUAGGACGCCAUGGCUGAGUUCUUGCCGCUUUGUGAUGUACUUUUCAACGUGAUCUCACUAGCAGGCUACUUCUGCGAUGUAGUGUUCGACGUCGUGCUUGGUUACGCCCUUUACGAACGGCAAAAGUUUACCUAUUUCGCCGCUGUUCUUGUGAUCGUUAGUUUCUCGCUAAUAAUUUCUCAGAUUGUUUCCGUGCAGUGGUAUUUGAACAAGCAAAAACUAAGAAGCUCAACCAGUGCAACUACAGAACCACCUUCGGAGAAUCACGAUCACUUGGAAAACAGCUUAGAGAAAAAGAAGAAAAAAUCACCAGAGGUAGUACUAUCCAAAACAGCCAAAUAUAGUCGGUACGCCGUACUAACACUACACGCGACACAAUUGGGUGUGUUGUGGCGCUACGCCAAACUCUUCGUUCCUGUGGAUCUACGUCAUGUGAAACAUGAAGUGCGAGAUCUGUGCAUGUUGCGGCUGGUGCAUGCGUUCUGUGAGGCUGCCCCGAUGCUGCUGCUACAGCUCUAUGUACUGGUAAACCUGCAGAACGAAAACCAACUUAACGCACUAAAGCUAAAAGCUCUAGCCAGUGGACAUCAUUUAUCAACGACGGCAUUAGUUCAGCAGACCAGCAUUGCUGAACAGCAGCAGAAAACCUUCCGCGAUCUUAACAUGGUCUCCGCAACACUGUCCCUUUUCAGCGUCUGUUGGGCUCUGGCCAGUUUCAGCAAGAAUGUUAGACUGCAAAAUGUUCACCGACUGGUACUGACGUGGCUAGGAGUGAUCUUUCAGUUCCUGUGGCGACUGGGUACUGUGAUAUCGCGAGUAAUUUCACUAACCGUGUACGCAUCGGUUUACAGUCAUUGGGUGUUUCUGGUUAUCAUCCUACAUUGGUUCUCAAUGUUUUUGUGGCUUAUUUCGCCGAAAAAUGUGUUCCACGGAGAACGGAUAUCGAGACUGAAGAAAGCAAUGCUCGGAGGGUUGAUUGCUUUCGUGUACAUUUUUGCAUACAUCAAUCUUCAGGAAGUUCGACACCGACAGAAAAUGCUUACUUUCUACGUGGUAAUGUUCAUGGAGAACUGUUUGCUGGUAUGCCUGUGGAUGGUUGGCAUUUGGCCCAAUCGUCCUGAGGGUUGGUACACGAUACCAAUAGCAGUGCUGUGCAGUUUUGGUGUAGGUUUGCUCUUCAUGGUUGUUUACUAUCAGUAUUUCCAUGUACGUCGGUUAGGCUACGAGGCGGGUGGUCGGGUUCCGUGCAGUGAUAGUAUCAAUAAGUGCCAUCACGAUAACUGCCGCUGUCAGGAAGGUACACGGCACAUGGAAACAGGAAAAUCCUUGAGUGGAUGUGGUAACCAAAAAUAUCCUCAUGUAAUCCCGGGCGUUUUCAAUUGUCGUUUUUCUAAUCCGGUAAAUGCGGCAACUAAGCGGAAGAAAAAGAAACCGACUUCAUUCGUACCACCUCCGAAUUUUGCUCUUCAAGCAAACAGUACAGAACAUGAGUCCCCUAUCGGUCCAAUGGCAAUUCCGUUUUGGCGUAGGCCUCUCCCGAGAUCACAUACGGGAGGGUCCAGUGAAAACGACGGCAGUAGUGUUAGCUCGAGGGUCAAUAUUCAGCAGAAGUUACAGGAAAAGAAACAGAAACAGUUAGCUGAGCUGAAAAUAAUAGAGGAAGAGAUAAAACAGGGUAAACUAGGUGGACCUGGGACGGGAACGCUCAGCUCGGGAGACGAUACUAAGGCCACCUUACCGCGGCAACCGAUUCCAAGGGCCAAGAAGCACAUCGAUAUAGAUCCGAUGGAUUGGCGCCCGUCAAGCCCCGACAUGGCCGAGAUAUCCGUAGAGAAAUCAUUCAAUGAUCUUAAUUUGCUGCUGGCAGCCAAUUUAGAUGAUGUAAAUAAUCUGAAUAAAUUUAAUGCUAAUUAUGACCCAAUAUACAACAGUUUUGGAUUGAAUGGAAUAAACAUUUCCGCCCUCGUUAGUAUGAAGAAUGCUGAAGCGCAACAAUCGGUAGCAAACAAUAGAAACAUGUCACCGAUAUCUUCGCAAAUAUCGGCAACGGAAAGCAACUCACUCACACGACAUCCUCGGGCAAAAAUUCUGCCGAACAACGUACCUAGGAACCCGUUUGCCGAAAACUAUCGAGGUAAUUUCGUAAGUCUCUACGCGGAUGCUGCUGCUAACAAUCACAGGCCUCCUUCGAUAAGCCCACGAUCUACGGAUGUGGCAGCUGUAAAUCGAGCGGUUCUUUAUGACAACCAUAGCCGGUUGUACAUGGAAGCCAACCACCCUCGGCAGAUAUCGGGAACGUACAGUAGUAUGGAAAACACGGGUACCGAAAAUCUACCGUUUCCAUACAAUGUUGUUCCACCACCUCGCAGUAAGCUGGACAGCCGGGCGACACCAACGAUGCCGACUAAUCCAAGUGCCACUAACACCGGCAGCAGCAGUGGCAACACUAACAAUAACAGUAUCGGGAGGAAUGUACCGGUAGCCGUCCCACCGACGACUAUCAAUAAUUUGAACAACACGAAGCGUCAGAUGCAACGAGCUAAAACACCGGAGAUUCUGCUGGCACCACAUUAUCUAGAGAAUUCACGGAUCUACUACGACUGGGUGGCACGAGAGGCAGCUAAUUUAAGAAUUCAAGAAACUGAUCGCAACGAAUCUGUCGUAAGUAGUGGCGAUGAAAAUUUAGAUCGCAAUGCCGUAGAUAAUGGACAGAAUCUGAAUCGCAUCCCAUCCGAUAUUGACAGCCAGGUCUCCUUACCACGCUCCUACACGUUACCACGGGAAUUUAAGUACUACCGUCGGAACAAAGGUAGAAAGGUAAUCAAGAACGAACACUUCAUUGCCAGUACCAACAGCAGCGAUGGUGACGUCGACAGUGGCGACGAUAACGAAUCGGAACACCAUUCCAACAAUUCGAACACCAACUCGCAACAGCGUUUGAAGAACUCUACUCCGUGUUCUAACCUUGGGGCAACAUCAAGAUUGAAUAAUCUUAACAAAAAUUCGGCAGCUCUGCACUACGGUCAAAACAUUUCCCCCAAUGCAACCAUACUGGCAAAUGGAGGCAAUUCGGUGGUUAUUUCCGCAGUAAACUCAAGACAAACGCUGAAUGCGACGCCCCAGAGUAUGCACAUGGUCAAUGGCUAUGGGAAUAAUUUGUUAGUAGGAGGUUCGAAACAAGUUCACAGCUUGGAUUUGAUAAACGGCGUUGACAGUGCGGUCAAUGCAGUGAAUCCCAACGGGUCCGCAGUUACGUACAACACGAGGCCAAUGCGAUUGCGAAUGUAUGGUGCCAAGAAUGGGAUAGUUCGACACGAGACCAAGUUAUGAGAUUAGUGCUAGGAUCUCGGUUGAAAUUAAUGUAGUUUGAAAGUUUUGAAUUUGAAGCAUUUAAAAAAAUAUUCGGUAACAUGUGAUAUAAUUUUAAAUCGUUUUUCAUAUUGAAGAUUUGUUACUCGUAUGCUAGGUAAAAUAAUGUGAAAACAAUAGACUGGCAUAAUAGGUAAUUCAGUCUUGAUUUUAACACCAUAUGCAUGUUAUUUACAGUGGCGACAAAUUUAGAUAAUUAACGUAAAUUUAAGAUGCUUUUUAAUAUAAUAAACGAA